AUGCAUUCGCUUCGAGACUGGUACCAGGCCAAUGAGAAUAUUAUGGGAGAUGCUUCUAACCAGCGGUUUGAUGCCAAUGCGACAAAGUUUGCAGCUCGACGAACUGUGAAUGAAACGGAUAAUCAGACGAAAUGGGAUAAAUACUUGAACGACUGCAGACUGGAUGAUCGACUGGUGCAGAUUGAGCAAUGGCGGUGCGAGCUCGAGAGAGUUCUUGGAAAUGCCGAUGCUGAGAUCAAUCUUCUGGCUAGAAUGAAAGAUGAUUGCGAUGCGGCACUCGCUGCCAAGGCUAUUCCAGAGUCUUGUUGCGCGGAAUGCUUAGGUUUGCGCGAUGGUCGCCUCGAAAUUGACGUCGUGAAAGAUGUGGUACACGAUGAACUUUGUAAAGAAGAAAAACUGAUCGAACGCGUGAAAGAAACGCUAGCAAAGAGAUCACAAGAGGCCUUUACGAUGAUAAUGUCCCUAAAAGACGCCAAAAGAAGAGUGUCUGAUGACCUCGAAGGAAAACAUCAUGCACUUGACAUCAAUCGACAAGCUCUUGGACUCCAUACUGAAUCAUCCGGACUGAGUUACAUCAAAGGCCUCGGGCGAGUUGCCCAAGGAAACUCGACUCCUGAAUCCUGGAAUGUGUUUUCAACAAAGAAUCGCGACGAGUGCGAGGAAGAAAUUCGCGCAAGCACUCAACUCAGAAGCCUGAUCGAAUCCGAUAUUCAGAACACAGCGAACGAUUUGGAAGCUCAACGCAUCGCUUGUGAGUACGCUUUCCGCAAUCGAAUUCACGAAUUUGAACAAACCAAGAGUGAGCUUGAAUGGCAAAAGACCAGGACGGAAGAGGAACUUCAAGAAAUCGAAGCGGAAAUCAGAAAUGUUGAAAACGCGAUUGCUGCGAAAGCAGGGCCUCAAAAGGUCUGUUUCUCGCGAUACGAGCUCAGAGCUGAAUUGCCAGGAGUCGAGCAUUGCCGAGAUGAACCUGCCUUUGGCUUGCACAAUGAACUUCGUGAGCUGGAGAAGUCACUUGCUACUCUAAACUUGCGAUUAGAAGAAGCUCAGAAUAACCGAGACCGACUCUGCCGUACCCUAGCAACAAUCACCCAUGAUUUGGACUUGAAGCUGAACUCACUUCGCCUGGAUCGCCAAUGCCUUGAAGUUAGAAAGAAACUAACGGUGCCGCUCUACCGAACUCCAAGAAUAGAGCCAACGAUGGACACUCUUACUCGAACUUUUGCUUGA